UCAGCAAGCACAACUUCUGAUAUAUUGCGACUAAAAAAGCACGAUGGGCAGGCCUAAAGCAUCAGGAAAACCGAUGAAAAGUAAUCGACAUAGGAAACUAAAAGUAGUAGAUCAAGAAUAUGCUGAUUUAUGGAGAAGUGACGGCUCAGUUAAAGCCAAGGGCGAGAAAAAAGGGAAGCCCAAAAAUAUCAGACAGGCUGAUUUGGGCAUCAACCAAAGACCCAAAGCUUCAGAUGAAGACACUGUGCCAAGGUCUGUCAAAGAAUUAAUGGAAGGGAAGCUCAUGGCGAAGAAAAAUAAGAAUAAAAGAGCCAAGAAAAGAAAAGGCCCACUUCCAGAACAUCUUCGGCCGAUGGAGAAAGGCAUGACCAGGCCAGUUGAACCUGCCCCCAAAUUUUUCCGGAAUAGAGAUGAAUCUGAAUGGUCCUUUGUAAAUAGAGUGAAUAAUGAAGUCAAAACUGUGAUAGCAAAGACACAAUUUGAAGAUAAAUUUGGGGUAAAUGCCAGCAUAGGAAAGAAUGGAGGUGUGAUCGUUAAGCCUAAGAAAGAUACGAAAACCAAGUUGAAAGCAAAGCAGAGAUCGAAAGAGAAAAAGCAAAAAGACAAGGAAAAGAGAGAGAUGAAGAAAUUGUCCAAGAAAACUGGUUUUGAGAUUUUAAAAGAUGAGGUCAAAUUUGGGGAGGUUGCUAUGGCACCUCCGAACAUCUCAAAGAAACCUAGAGGAGCACCUAGCUUAGAAAUGAGGCCGGGAAAGAAAAAUCUACUUCUCAAGGAAAUAAUCCACAGCGUCAAAACAACAGAACACGAAUCUUCGGCAAAAGUUAGAGAAAUUGGAAAAACUAUCAAAAGAAAGAACUUGUCAAUAUCGGAGCAGCGGAAACUGGAUGCGGAACGGGAACGUGUUGUGGACUUGUACAGACAACUGAGAGCCAAGAAAUAUUCGGCAAAUGCUUUAUAGUAGUCCAGGGAGGAUUGCCUUUCAUACUUGCUACACUUGCUUUGAAGCAAGACUUUCAUGAUGAUCAUUAUCAAAUACGGCAGCCUGGCCCUGAAUUUGUUCUUUGCUGUGAUCAUGAAUCAUUUGAGAUAAAUCAUGUGCUAGUCUCUGCGCUUCUACCUUUGGAGCGGUUGGUAGACUUGAAGCAAUUUCCUUAUGACGUUGAACAUGUGGAGACCUGCAUAUGGACUAUAUAUUGAUAAUGUAAAAAAUAGUGUUUGACAUGGACCGAAACACACAAGGUCAAAUGUGCACGGAUUGACUGUGCCCUAUUAUUUCACGAUGGGGCCUGGGGGGAAUCGAGACACUGCCAGAUGUAUAUAAU